CUAGAUCUAGUAAGUAAAUAGAAAACUGAGCUAGGGACUAUUUAAAGCUACUCAACUAAACAGUGGAAGCACUGACUGGCACUUCAUUGAAUGGGUAGUCUGAAUGAUUGCCCUUGCUUUCCCAUGAGGAAGUGGUAAGGAUUCUAGACAUAGUAACAUAUCGUCACUACUAGUUUGGAAAAGAUUUUCUGUCAGACACAGUAAUAAGAACGAGAUCUAGAUUUUCUUUCUAACACAGACAUUAUGAAAAGAAAUCAACAAUGACCUCUAUUGACUGUCGCCAUCUCUGCAUUCUAGUUCUCGACCAUCAUUCGUCUACAAAUCUGAGGUGUGUAGCUGAACAUUGAAACAUCAGGUGUAGUUAUACAGUCUGCAAACAUGCCUCAUUUUGAUCACGUUUUAGCGGUAACCAUGGUGAUUUCCUGUAUAUGGGGCAUUGUGGUCUUAUCAUUGGGUCUUUAUAUGCGGUUCAACUUCGGCCAAAUGGUCAGCGCCCAGUUGGAGGGAAUAGAAAAGUUUGAUCUAAGGAGCUGUAAAAACUCAGCGAGUCAAUCUGUUUGUCCAGUUACAAGCAUGGUACCCAAUAAUUUCAAUCUGGGCAACUGGGUUAAAGUAAUCACCAACUAUGUAGUUCUGACUGGUUCCUUAGUAACAGUGUACUCGAUUAUUGGUACUAUUGGCGCCUUGAAACACAAUGUGCCUAUGAUUACCAUGUUUCUAUUGAUCUCUUUGGUCGCAACUGGAUUUCAGUUUUACCUUGUGCAAGUCGCGACAUCAGAAGAAAACGGGAUACAUCAAACAGCCAAGAGUCAGCUGAAAAAUACAUUAAAUCAUGACUACCGCAUUGAAGGACCCCACGACAUCGUCAAAGUGAUGAACACUAUACACAUAUUGAUGGACUGCUGCGGUAUAGACAGUGUUAGAGACUUCAAAAACUUAACUUUCCUUGAGAAGGACCCAAACUCCAAGGCACACCAUUUCAGAUAUUUUGCAACGCCGCCAUCUUGUUGUAAACAACGUUUUUAUUUCUGCACAUCUUGCCCGAGGGCCACGUACGACAACUUGCUGGACUGUGCUGUGAAAGGUCCCGUGGCCAUUGAGAAUAUCAACACAAGGGGAUGUUACAGCGUAAUGUACGAACACGUCAAAAACACUUCCGGUUUAAUCACCCUGAGUCUCCUGCUCUUCAUCAUCGUUUGGGAGAUGCUCCAAAUGAUGCUGGGUAUACUGGAGAUAUUUGUGCCUUCUAUGACUGAAGAGCCGCCCCCGCCACCUCCCCCUACUCCCAAGAUUAUGAUCGAACCACCAAAAGUAGACUUUGGCAAGCCCGUCUUUCAAACCUUUGUACCGUAUGCACGACCCAGCUCUGUCCAACAGGUGGACCUUGACAAAAUCAAGUCCACUGAAAUCUGGUGAUUGUCUCUCUCUGUGUUGCGUACAGCCCGUUCUCAAAGUACAUUUCCAAUGCACACAUUUCUACCUCGUCUGAAUGUGGACAUUUAUUAUCAUCUAGAUAUCUGACUCUCACUACCAGCCAGUCACAAAUUGCAGUUGAUAAAGCGCCGAUUCAAAUGUUGCCAUAGGAAGUCUACAGAGUUCAUCCUAAUCAAGUAUCUUAACAUGUACUUAGGAUUACGUUCUUCAACUCCCAUAGGAUCUACAACUAUUCUAUAUAAAUAAAAAUAUUUUCU